AUGACUUCCAACUCCAUCAAGAUUCUGUCCGGUGAUAUCAACCAGGGCUUGGCUGAGAAAGUUGCUGCUAGACUCGGCCUCCCCCUGGCCAAAAUCAACAUUUUCCGAGACUCCAACCGAGAAACUUCCAUCACCAUUGGAGAGUCGGUUCGAGACGAGGAUGUGUACAUCAUCUGCCAGGUGGGCUGCGGCGAGGUCAAUGACCGUAUCUUGGAGAUGCUAAUCAUGAUCAACGCCUGCAAGACCGCCUCGGCCCGGCGAAUCACCGCUGUUCUCCCCAACUUUGCCUACGCGCGUCAGGACCGAAAGGACAAGUCUCGAGCCCCCAUCACCGCCAAGCUCAUGGCCAACAUGCUUCAGACUGCUGGAUGCAACCAUGUCAUCACCAUGGACCUGCAUGCUUCUCAGAUCCAGGGCUUCUUCGACGUACCUGUGGAUAACCUCUACGCCGAGCCCUCGGUGGUCAACUACCUCAAGUCCGAGAUCAUGCAUAACGUCAAUGGCCAGCCCGGAGACCACACAAACACCAUCAUUGUGUCGCCGGAUGCCGGUGGAGCCAAGCGAGCCGCUGCUCUUGCCGACCGUCUGGAUCUCAACUUUGCUCUGAUCCACAAGGAGCGGGCUCGAGCUAACGAGGUCAGCCGUAUGGUGCUGGUUGGAGACGUCAAGGAUAAGGUGUGUGUGCUUGUCGACGAUAUGGCCGAUACUUGUGGUACUCUGGCCAAGGCUGCCGAUACUCUAUUUGAGCACGGCGCUAUCAAGGUGAUUGCCAUUGUCACCCACGGCAUUCUGUCUGGCCGAGCCAUUGAGAUCAUCAACAACUCCAAGCUCGACCGAGUCGUGUGCACCAACACUCUGGAUCUGCAAACCAAAAUGGACCAGUGUCCCAAGCUCGGCAUCAUUGACAUUUCCGGCGUGCUGGCAGAGAGUAUCCGACGUCUUCACAACGGAGAGUCCGUCAGCUAUUUGUUUAGAAACGUUCCUUUGUAG